UAAACUUCCAAAAGGUGCAGACGAAUUUUAUAAACAUUCUAUCAAACAAAGCUUUAAACAACACACUAUUGAGCCUGAUCCAGAACGUGUUAAAAUGAUUAUGGAAAAAGCCUUCUCUGAUGCUAAAUGGAUUUUACAAAAGUACAACAAAGAAAUAGGAAAAUAAAAAGUGUAUAAGUAAAAAAAAAAAAAAAAUAAGAUACUUUUUAAAAUGAAUUUUGAAUCAAUAAUAUCUGAAGAUAGUGGCAGAGCCGUUUCACAAUUUUGGAAAGCCAUAGAUAUCUUAUUAAAUAAUCCGCAUACUAUUAAUCGUAGAAUUUUAGCAUGCCAAAGAAUACUUAUAGCGCAAUUGAAACGUAACGAAGAAGUAUAUUCCUAUGUCAAAGAAAUACAAUCUUUGUCUAUAAAGAAUGAUGUUUGUAAAGAUAUUAAUAUCUUGAUCAACAUAUUAAAAAUAAAUGAAUAUUGUAAUAUAAUUGAUUCCGUAAAUCUUGAAAACUGCAGUGAUAAUAUAUUUUUGUAUGUGAAUGAGUUAUUGCCUCGUAAUUCGCAAUUAUUUUGUUCAACGUUAGAAUUUACAUUUAUUGAUAGAAAAGAGAAUUAUAUUUUGUGCCUUCAAAAAAGUAGUUGUAAAGAUUUAAACGUUCUAAAUAAUAAAGAUAAACUUUCAUUAGGUACGCAUAUAAUUUACAAAAUACAUUAUGAAAAAGAAGGGAUCAUUUCUAUGUGUAUACAGAAAAUAGAUGAUAUAAAUUCUCAUAAAAGUAUUAUUUGGCUCAAAGAAAAAUUAUUUCCCCGUUUAAUAAUGUGGAUAAAAAAUGAACCUGUUAAAAACAGUUUUAUUAUCAAUUCUUUAUCUCUUGUGUCGCAUGAGAAAUAUGCAAAACUAUAUAAUGAACUGAAAAUAAAAUAUGGUACUACUAUGGUCAAAACAUGGCCUGAAAAUACUGAUCCGUCAAAAUUUGUUUAUGAAGAUAUUUCUAUUGCAACUUAUUUAAUUUUAUUAUGGGAAAAUGAAAGAAAUGAAAAUGGCACCAAAAAAUUCCAAUCAUUUUUGGAUCUUGGUUGUGGUAAUGGUUUACUUGUGCAUAUUUUAUCAAGCGAGGGAUAUCCAGGAUUAGGAAUAGAUUUGCGAAAAAGAAAAAUCUGGGAUCAUUUUCCAAAAACUACUCGUUUGGAAGUUCAAACAAUUGUUCCAUCAGCUUCCUCAUUAUUUCCUGAAAUAGAUUGGCUCAUUGGAAAUCAUUCUGAUGAACUUACACCAUGGAUUCCAGUUAUUGCUGCACGCAGUUCGUAUAAUUGUCGUUUUUUUUUAUUACCAUGUUGUGCUUAUGAAUUUGAUGGUAAAAAAUAUCAAAGACAAAGUGCAUCCAAAAGCCAAUAUUCCGAAUAUAUUUCAUAUGUCAAAAAUAUAUCCGAGAUAUGUGGCUUUGAUACCCAAAUCGAUAAAUUAAGAAUACCAUCAACAAAAAGAAUUUGUUUAAUUGGUUGCAAGAGAAAUUAUUCAAAGGAAGAUACUCUUUCGCAGGAUAAACGUAUUCAAGAAUUAAUAAAUAUAAAGUCAUCAUCAUUAGAAGGUGUAAUUGAAACAGAUAAUAAUGAACACUUAUCUAAUUCAUGGUCUGAUAAUUUUAAACCAAGAAAUCCUAUAGAACAAGUACGAAAUUGCACUCAAUUAAACAAAACUUUAAUAUCUGAUAUCAUUAAAAUAGUUUCGUCGCAAUUAUUGUGUACAUAUCACCCAAUAAAUCUGCAAGAAAAAUCUAAUAAAAUUUGGAAUGCAGGUGGUCAAAUUGAUUUAAAAGAUAUUGUAAAAUUAAUACCCUCAGAAAUGUUGAAACAGUUAAGAAAUGAAUGUGGAGGUAUUCAAACAUUACUAAAAAAUAAUGGUCACAUAUUUUCUGUAAUUCAAGGAAGAGUACAGUUUAGAAUACCUGGAAUUACACCUAUUAAUGUUAAAAAAAAACGAAAAACUAAUGCUACACAUCCAGUAAAAGUAAAACCUUGUUGGUUUCAUGAAAAUCAUCCUGAUGGUUGUCCAAACAUUGCAGUUAAAUGCAAUUUUAAACAUUAA